AUGACUCAUGAUCCAAAAGAGGUCAAGGUUAAAGUUGUACCCGAUGAACCUACGUUCCAAACCGGGAAAGCUUCUGACGUCGAUACCCAUCUAAAAGGCUCUGACGUAAAUUCAUCUGAGGUUGAAGCGAAAUCGUACAGAGGCAGCAUUCUCGAAAUGUUGGAUUUGCUUAUGGAAAAUUAUAAUGAAGAGGAGGAUAAAGAUUACCAAUUGGACAGUGAGGAAAGUGAAGAUGAGAGUGAACCUUCGGAGGAUGAAGAUUCUUAUGAGGAUGAUGUUGACCUUGAAGAGUUAAAUGAAAUUGCAAAAUCUGUUGUCGAUCGAUUUGAUUCAAAUGAAAAGGCCAAGCUACUCGUUCCCGGGAUCACAGUCCUUCGCGAUGGAAAAAGCAUUACAUCUUCAAAUAACAAAGAUGAUGUCGAAGAACUCGCUGAAAA